CUUGAUAAUUCAUCAUUUCAUCCUCUUCAUCAUGGCGCUGCUUCUUCAUGUGCUGAUGGUGUUUCUUCUCUCUGGUGGAUUGGCCAGAGUUGUGACGGAUUUUGAGCUGGAAUGUGGUCAAUUUUUUGCAAAUGGAAAAUCACCAACAAGAUUUUUUGGACUACAGUACAAGCAGAUCUGCCAAACUCUAAAUGGUGUUCCUUAUUAUGCCACUUAUUAUGAUACUUACAACAGGAUCCCAGUGUACUCAGCCUACAGGUUUGAAGGGAUAAUGCACUGCACAAGACUAAAUAAGUGGUACAUUGAACCUCAACUUGAUGAUGAUAAAGCAGGAGAAGACAUGGCGUCUGAGGCGUCUGUGGAUAUAAAUCUACGUGGAGUCCAUCAAGCUCUCAAUAAAGAUUAUGAGAAAUCUGGGUACCACAAAGGUCAUCUGGCUCCAGUCUACCAGGCAGAAUCACAGAGCUGUGCUGACGCCACCUUCACUCUCACUAAUGCUGCUCCACAAAACCCCCAUUUUAACAGUGUUUUAUGGUGGAAUGUAGAAAAAAUGGUGGCAAAAUAUCUGGCGAGACGAUGCAUUUCUCAAACUGUUUACAUUGUUACAGGGGUGAUACCAGGUACUACAAAUAUCAAAAACAGAGUGAAUGUGCCUAGUCAUUUCUGGACUGCAUUCUGCUGCUUAGAUCAAAAUUACAGAUGUUCAAAGUCACGGGGAGUCAUUGGAACAAAUGAAAAUAACUCCGUUAUUACGGAGAAGCCUGUGGCUGAUUUAGAGAGAGAGUUACAAAACCUUUAUGGAACACGAACACCAUUUAGCUUGUUUCAAUACUAA